UACAUAUCGGCACUGCAGCUUUUUCGUUGGAAGGGCCGCAAACAUGCUUCGAAAUGCAUCCAAUGUCGUCCGGAAGGCGGUUACUGAGCUGGCUCAGCUUCCUAAGCCUGGCGAGCAAAUCCAUGGCUUUACUCUCCUCCGCGCCAAACAUAUCCCUGAGCUGGAGUUGACAGCAUUGCACCUGCAACACGACAAGACCGGAGCAGACUAUCUCCACGUUGCGCGCGACGACAAGAACAAUGUCUUCUCUAUCGGAUUCAAGACGAACCCUCCGGAUGAUACGGGCGUGCCUCACAUUCUGGAGCAUACAACGCUCUGCGGGAGUGAGAAAUACCCAAUCCGUGACCCUUUCUUCAAGAUGCUCCCCCGGACACUCUCGAAUUUCAUGAACGCCUUCACAGCAUCAGAUCACACCUUUUACCCCUUCUCAACAACAAACGAACAGGACUUUAAGAACCUGAUGUCGGUCUAUCUGAACGCGACACUACAUCCUUUAUUAAAGAAGAGCGACUUCACACAAGAGGGCUGGCGCAUUGGUCCGGAGAACCCGCUGGCCAUUAAGGAGAAGUCUGAGGGCACAGCAGAAGGAAGCAACCUUGUAUUCAAGGGUGUUGUUUACAAUGAGAUGAAGGGCCAGAUGUCAGAUGCAAGAUAUCUCUACUAUAUCCGAUUCCAGGACCACAUAUUUCCUGCCAUCAACAACUCUGGCGGAGACCCACAGAAGAUCACGGAUUUGACAUACGAGCAACUAAAGGAUUUCCACGCCCAGCAUUACCACCCUAGCAAUGCGAAGCUCUUCACAUACGGAGAUAUGCCUUUGGCUGACCAUCUUCGAGAGGUCAAUGCCCAACUGAGCGCAUUCGAGCGUAUCAAGGAGGACGCGGAAAUAAGGAGGCCUAUCGACCUUUCGGAUGGACCGAAACAUGUUGUUAUGCCCGGCCCAAUAGACCCAAUGGUGGACAAGGAUAUGCAAUACAAGACUUCGACAUCGUGGUUGAUGGGAGAGUCGACCAACAUCGUUGAAUCGUUUUCUCUCGGGAUCAUGUCCGCCCUGUUAAUGGACGGUUACGGUUCGCCACUUUACAAGAACCUCAUUGAGGCUGGACUAGGCACGGAAUGGAGUCCAAAUGCCGGCUUUGACAACUCAGGGCGCAUUGGCAUUUUCUCGAUUGGCCUGACUGGCGUCAAGGAGGCAGAUGUACCGAAGGUGAAGGAGGCCAUUCACAAGACCCUCCAGGAUGUACAAAAGACUGGGUUUGAGCAGAGCAAGAUUGAGGGGUAUCUUCAUCAACUGGAGCUCACAUUAAAGCACAAGUCUGCGAGUUUCGGAAUGGGCCUUAUGCAAAGGAUCAAGCCUAAGUGGUUCGAGGGUGUCGACCCCUUCGAGUCUCUCGCGUGGAAUGAUACCGUCGCUGCGUUCCAGGCUGAACUAGCCAAGGGCCAAUACCUAGAAGGGCUAUUGGAAAAGUACCUGCUCAACGAUAAAACGUUGACAUUUACCAUGACUCCUUCUGCUACAUACGGCGAGGAACUCGUAUCCGAGGAAGCCGAGCGUCUCUCGCGCAAAAUUGAAGAGGCAUCCAAAGCAGCGGGCAGCGAAGCCAAAGCUCGCGAACAGCUUGAAAAGCAGGAAUUGGAGUUGCUGGAGGAGCAAGGCAAAUCCAACACGCAGGAUUUGAGCUGCCUGCCGAGUGUCCACGUUGCAGACAUCCCUCGCCAGAAGGAAUUCGUUAGUUUCUCGGAGAGAAAUCUCCAAGGCGUGAAGUUACAGCUGAGAGAUGCGCCAACGAACGGACUCACGUAUUUCAAGGCUAUCAACACUUUCGAGAACCUCCCCGAAGAGUUGAGGCAGUUGAUCCCCCUAUUCACCGACGCCAUCAUGCGACUAGGCACGAAGGACAUGUCAAUGGAGCAAAUCGAAGAUCUCAUCAAGCUCAAGACCGGCGGCAUAUCAACCGGAUACCACACCUCCUCCUCCCCCCUAGACUUCCACUCCGCCUCCGAAGGCAUGAUCUUCUCCGGCACAGCCCUCGACCGCAACGUCACCGACAUGUACCGCAUCCUGCGCAUGCUCAUCCUCGACACCAACUUCGACAGCCCGUCCGCCGAGUUACGCAUCCGCCAACUCCUCCAAGGCUCCGCCGACGGCGUCGUAAACAACAUCGCCUCCUCCGGCCACGCCUACGCCCGCGGCGUCGCUGAAGCAGGCCUCUCCCCCGCCGCCCGCCUCCGCCAACAAGUUAGCGGCCUCUCGCAGGUCCAACUAAUCACCUCUCUCGCCUCGCGCCCUGAGUCCCAAGGCCUCGCAGACGUCAUCGCAAAGCUGAAAGCUAUCCAGCAACUCGCCCUCUCCGGGACCAGCACCUUCCGCACCUCGCUAAUCUGCGGUUCCGAGAGCGUAACCUCCAACGAGGCAGCGCUGCAAUCUUUCCUCUCCUCCCUCCCCCAAGACUCCGCGGCUCCCACCACCCACAAACCCGCGCCGGUAUUCGCGCGGAAUACGAAAACCUUCUACCCCCUACCUUACCAAGUCUACUACGGUGCCCUCGCCCUCCCAGCAGUCUCCUACACCUCCCCCUCCGGCGCCCCGCUGCAGAUCCUCGCCCAGCUGCUGACGCACAAGCAUCUGCACCACGAGAUUCGCGAAAAAGGUGGUGCUUAUGGCGGCGGUGCUUACUCGCGCGGCUUGGACGGGAUCUUCGGGUUCUACUCGUACCGCGACCCUAAUCCAGUUAAUACGAUGAGUAUCAUGCGUAACGCCGGCAGAUGGGCGACGGAGAGGGAGUGGACGGCCCAGGAUCUGGAGGAGGCGAAGUUAUCGGUCUUUCAGAGUCUGGAUGCGCCGGUGUCGAUUAAUUCUGAGGGGAUGGAUGGGUUUGUGUCCGGGAUGACUGAGGAGAUGAUUCAGCAGCGCAGGGAGAGGUUGUUGGAUGUGACGAAGGAGGAGGUGAGGGAGGUGGCGCAGAAGUAUAUUGUUGAGAAUCUCGAAAAGGAAGAGGCGAGGAUGGUGUUUUUGGGUGAGAAGAAGGCGUGGGCGGAUGAGACGUGGGAUAUUCAGAAUAUGGGGAUUGCGCAGGAGGCGGAGGUGGUGGCGGAGGAGGGGAUGAAGGAGGCUAGUGCGCAAGGGGCAUGAUGUUGAAAAUUUCGUUGGCAUGUAUGUAUGAUUCCCACUCCCCUCUGCUUUGAUAUCGAUGGAUAUAGAUGGUAUGGGCAUUUCAGCGACAUAUAUGUAUAGAUAUGUACUUAUAUAAUGUACGAUUAUUCUAACCGGGUGG